AGUGCCAUUAAAACAGGUUAUGAAUCUUCCUUAGGGGGAGGAACACAGAGAGGUAGAGUUCAAAGGAGAAACUAAAGACAAACUAAGAACUUAUCUAACAGGGCAAAACGUCUGUAACCACAAGUGGAGCUGUAGGGGACCGGCGUGGAGCUGUCAGUAGAGAACACUGUUAAUCUUUAUGGACCUUUUUACUUGGUUGUAUCAUGGGACGACUUGUGCUACUGCUGUCUCUGUGUCACUGUGCUGCUCUUGUGAAGUCGCAAAACACUUCAGUUCCAAAAUCUUUGUCAACAUAUACAGUGACAUCUAACUCUGCCACCACAAGAACAGCAGCAACAAUGAUACAGAUUUCCAGUGUUGCCAAUGUGACUGUAACGUAUCGCAAUGAGACUGCAUUGACAUUGGAAUGGAACAAAGUGAACAACAACAGCGAUUACAGUUACAGACUGACAGACCACAAUGCAAUAAACAUCAACAUCAGUGGAUUAGAGGGAGGUUCUGUAGUGACACACACAGUCUCAUCUCUUUUUCCUGGAAUUAAAUACUCCUUCACUCUGUACACUGUAUUUGAAGGAGGGGAGAGCAGUGGAUACAACUUUACCAGUGUCACCACUCCAUCCAGUGUUGCCAAUGUGACUGUAAUGUAUCGCAAUGAGACUGCAUUGACAUUGGAAUGGAACAAAGUGAACAACAACAGCGAUUACAGUUACAGACUGACAGACCACAAUGCAAUAAACAUCAACAUCAGUGGAUUAGAGGGAGGUUCUGUAGUGACACACAUAGUCUCACCUCUUUUUCCUGGAACUAAAUACUCCUUCACUCUGUACACUGUAUUUGAAGGAGUGGAGAGCAGUGGAUACAACUUUACCAGUGCCACCACUCCAUCCAGUGUUGCCAAUGUGACUGUAACAUAUCGCAAUGAGACUGCAUUGACAUUGGAAUGGAACAAAGUGAACAACUACAGCGAUUACAGUUACAGACUGACAGACCACAAUGCAAUAAACAUCAACAUCAGUGGAUUAGAGGGAGGUUCUGUAGUGACACACACAGUCUCACCUCUUUUUCCUGGAACUAAAUAUUCCUUCACUCUGUACACUGUAUUUGAAGGAGUGGAGAGCAGUGGUUACAACUUUACCAGUGCCACCACUCCAUCCAGUGUUGCCAAUGUGACUGUAACGUAUCGCAAUGAGACUGCAUUGACAUUGGAAUGGAACAAAGUGAACAACAACAGCGAUUACAGUUACAGACUGACAGACCACAAUGCAAUAAACAUCAACAUCAAUGGAUUAGAGGGAGGUUCUGUAGUGACACACACAGUCUCAUCUCUUUUUCCUGGAAUUAAAUACUCCUUCACUCUGUACACCGUAUUUGAAGGAGUGGAGAGCAGUGGACACAACUUUACCAGUGUCACCACUCCAUCCAGUGUUGCCAGUGUGACUGUAACGUAUCGCAAUGAGACUGCAUUGACAUUGGAAUGGAACAAAGUGAACAACAACAGCGAUUACAGUUACAGACUGACAGACCACAAUGCAAUAAACAUCAACAUCAAUGGAUUAGAGGGAGGUUCUGUAGUGACACACACAGUCUCAUCUCUUUUUCCUGGAAUUAAAUACUCCUUCACUCUGUACACCGUAUUUGAAGGAGUGGAGAGCAGUGGACACAACUUUACCAGUGUCACCACUCCAUCCAGUGUUGCCAAUGUGACUGUAACGUAUCGCAAUGAGACUGCAUUGACAUUGGAAUGGAACAAAGUGAACAACAACAGCGAUUACAGUUACAGACUGACAGACCACAAUGCAAUAAACAUCAACAUCAGUGGAUUAGAGGGAGGUUCUGUAGUGACACACACAGUCUCAUCUCUUUUUCCUGGAAUUAAAUACUCCUUCACUCUGUACACUGUAUUUGAAGGAGGGGAGAGCAGUGGAUACAACUUUACCAGUGUCACCAUUCCAGCUACUGUAACUGAUUUGCACUGUAAAUAUGCAUCUGGAGGCUACGGUCUAGUUCUGGGUUGGGGUCCUCCCAUUGGAGAGAGGACGUCUGUGCUGAUCAACAUGAAAGGCAAAAUCUUAACUGAGUCAGGGCAAAGUUUGGCUAUAGGGGGACUGCAACCUGCCCAGUGGUACACUCUGACUGUGACAGCAGAAUCUGAGGGUAUGCAGAGUGUCCCAGUCUCAAUCACUUGCCAGACUGAUCCAAGAGGAGUCAUAGCUGGUGUUCUGGUGUUCCUACUGUUGGCUAUCCUCAUCCUUUGUAUUGGUAUCUUCAUAUGGCGGCGCAAGCCAGAGCUUAGCAGUGUCUUUAGAAAGUCAAAGUCAUCUGUAGAGACUAAACAAUCCAGCGAUAAAUACAAACUAAUUCCCCUGAAGAAGUUUCCAGAACAUUUUGAUUCCAUGAGUCGUGAUGAGAACCGUGGUUUCAGUGAAGAAUAUGAGGAUUUAAGCACAGUGGGUACAGAUCAGAGCCGUAUAGCUGCUCUAAUCCCUGAAAACAAGAGCAAGAACCGAUUUACCAAUGUACUGGCCUAUGAUUCUUCUCGUGUAAAGCUCACUGCACAGAAUGGUGCCAGCUCUGACUAUAUCAAUGCUAACUACAUGCCAGGCUAUGGCAGUUACAGCAAGCAGUACAUAGCUGCUCAAGGUCCUCUUGCCUCCACCGUCAGUGACUUCUGGAGAAUGGUGUGGGAGCAGAAGUCUCAGGCCAUUGUCAUGCUGACCAACUGUACAGAGAGUGGAAGGGUUAAGUGUGAACAGUAUUGGCCACUGGACUACACUCCUUGUGCCUAUGGAAACCUGCUGGUCACUAUCCAAUCAGAGCAGAAAGAAAAAAGUUGGACGCUGCGAGAAUUUGUUGUUAGAGAUAAGGCCACCUCUGAGGAGCGGAUAGUGAAACACUUCCAUUUCACAGCGUGGCCCGAUCAUGGAGUUCCCAGGGGGACAGAUGAGUUGAUCCAGUUCCGUGGGAUUGUCCGCCAGCAAAUAGAGAGCUCCCCGUUUACAGGACCUACAGUAGUACACUGCAGUGCUGGAGUGGGCAGGACAGGCACUCUUAUUGCUCUGGAUAUAUUAUUGCAGCAACUGGUUAAAGAGGAAGCAGUGAGCAUCGCUGCCUGUGUACAUCGCAUGAGGCUCAGCCGGCCACUCAUGGUGCAGACUGAGUCUCAGUAUGUGUUCCUGCACCAGUGCAUCAUGGAUUCUCUGCAGCCCAAAGAAGACUAUAUCCAGGAGUCUAUAUACGAAAAUUCUGAUAUGGUCUAUGCUAAUGCUAUGGCCCUACAACAGUACAGGGCAGUUAACCCAGUCUGAAAAAACACACACAUGCACACGCACAAUAUGUGGACUGCCAAAGCGUAGUACAACGAAAAGACUUCUGGGACAUCACAGCACAAAACAUAUUUUUAGUGCACAUGGAAACAAUCAUUAAUACUUCCAUCAGAAUCAUUGUAGGCCUACUGCAAGCAAUGGUGUCUUGAUUUCCUGCACCCUUUUGUGGCAGAAGUCUUAUAGCGCUGCAAAGAUCUAGUGACCCCAAUCAGUUCAUUCUGUUUCUAUUGGAUCGUUAAACUUCACCAGCAAGAACUGUAAUUAUUACGCUAAUGUUGUUUGUUCUAGAUAAAUAUAACUUUGGCCUAUUUUGAUGGGUUUAUUGAAAAUCUUCAAAAGAAAGCUCCAAGCCAGAACCAUCGCAACUAGCAUGCCAGUUUUAUUAACAUGGCAAAAAAGCCCUCUUUUGAAGAAUACCAUACUUCCAAAUUCCAUUCUGAACAUUCUAUUGU